AUGGGCUGCUGUAAAUGUUCAAGGGAAUGUAUGAUUGGUUGGUUUAAAGACAACGCACUUUUGCUGUUGACAUUGGUUGGAGUAAUUGUCGGGUUUGUACUCGCCGUAGCGAUCAAGGUUUACACAGAAUAUGACUUGCUGGAGUCGACUUCGACGAAUAAUGUCACAAAUAAGACAGAAAUCGACGUUGUGGUUUUAUCAAAAUCUGUAUCACACAGUAGCGGAACCAACUAUUUAGGUAUUUUGAUAUUUUCAAUGGCUUUCGGGAUGGCUAUGAGCGUGGAACCCGAACAUACAAACGUCAUGUUACAAUUCUUUAACGCCAUGAAGACUAUUAUAUUCAAGAUAUUAACAGUGGUUCUUUGGACACUCCCAAUCGCAACUACUAGUCUGAUCGCCGGGGCCUUGUUGAAAAUUGACGAUUUACUUGGUGUGAUGGUAUCGCUGGGAGUUUUCUCUGCUACGGUCAUAGCCGGUUUAUUCAUUCAUACAUUUUGUACCAUUCCGCUGGUUUAUUUCAUAUGGACGAGAAGAAAUCCUUACGUGAUACUUUUCAAAUCAGCAAGGUCCUCGAUUGUCGUCGUCGUGAUCCGGAGCAGUAUAGGCGCAAUGCCUGAAAUAUUCAAGUCCUGUGAACGUAUCGGCAUGCAUGAAAAAAUAUAUGACUUCGUGGUGCCCCUCGCUAUCAAUUUCAAAAAGGACGGUUCCACUGUUUUCAUCACGUGUAGCUGCAUUUGGCUCGCCCAGACGGAGGGGAUUACACUAGAUGCGGGACAGAUUGUGACCAUUGCGAUAAUGACCGCCGCCCUCUCCUUAUGUUUACCGGGGAUACCGAGUACAAGUUUAGUUGCCAUAGCAACCAUUGCUAGCUCAGCUGGGAUACCGUACAACAAUAUCGGUGUAUUGAUAGCCAUGGAGUGGUUGCUAGACGCCAUUAGAAGCGGCGUGAAUGGUGCAAGUCAUGUAAUCAACACAGCCAUCGUUGACGCCAAAAUGGCACCCGAAAUGCGACUAGUCGAAACAGUGAUACAGAAACGCCGAAAAGCUAAUGAAAUGGACGACGCAAAAAACUUGGCAGUGGCCACAGAAAAUACAACUUUGUGA